AUGAAGACGACAAGCCCAAGAUUGAAGACGUUGGUGAGGACGAGGAGGAAGACAAAGAAGAUAAAGAAAACUAUCAAAGAGAAAUACACUGAAGACGAAGAGCUGAACAAGACCAAGCCACUGUGGACCCGCAACCCAGAUGACAUCACCCAGGAAGAGUACGGCGAGUUCUACAAGAGCUUGACCAACGACUGGGAAGACCACUUAGCUGUUAAACACUUUUCAGUAGAAGGUCAGCUUGAGUUCCGUGCUCUUCUGUUCGCUCCACGACGCGCUCCGUUUGAUUUGUUUGAAAACAAGAAGCGCAAGAAUAAUAUAAAGCUCUACGUAAGACGAGUCUUUAUUAUGGACAACUGCGAAGAGAUUAUUCCUGAUUACUUGAACUUCAUGCGCGGUAUUGUCGACAGUGAGGAUCUUCCUCUGAACAUCUCCCGUGAAAUGCUUCAGCAGAACAAGAUCUUGAAAGUCAUCCGCAAGAACUUGGUGAAGAAAUGUAUGGAGUUGUUUGACGAACUUGCCGAAGAUGCGGAGAACUACAAGAAGUUCUACGAGCAGUUCUCAAAGAAUUUGAAGCUGGGUAUUCACGAAGACUCUACCAACCGCAAGAAGCUUUCAGAGCUCCUGAGGUUCCACACUUCAUCAACGGGCGAAGAAAUGUGCGCCUUGAAGGACUACGUUGGUAGAAUGAAGGAAGUUCAGAAGCACAUUUAUUACAUCACUGGAGAAAGCCGCGAGCAAGUAGCUCACAGUUCCUUUGUUGAGCGAGUCCUUAAGGCUGGAUUUGAAGUUCUUUACAUGACUGAGCCCAUUGAUGAGUACGUAGUCCAGCAGCUGAAGGAGUUUGAUGGAAAACAGCUGGUCUCAGUUACCAAAGAAGGUCUGGAGCUUCCGUUGUCGGAUGAAGAGAAGAAGAAGAUGGAGGAAGACAAGACCAAGUUUGAAGAAGAUCAUCCAAUUAUGGAGAACUUGAGGCAGAAGAUUGAAGCUGACAAACAUGACAAGUCUGUUAAAGAUUUGGUGAUGCUUCUUUUUGAGACUUCGUUGAUGUCAUCUGGGUUUGCAUUAGAAGACCCGCAAAUUCAUGCGGCAAGAAUUUACAGGAUGAUCAAGCUUGGUCUGGGAUUGGAUGAUGAUGACGCUCCGAUGGAGGAAAUUACUAUUGAAGAAACUCCAGCAAUCGCGGAAGUCAACGAUGAUGAAGCCUCCAGGAUGGAAGAGGUUGACUAAGUUUGUUGAAAUGUUUUUUUUUUUUUAUUAUUAUUUAUUAUUACUUUUCCAAAGACUUGAUGUCACCAAGACUGCAAAUUUAUUGAGUAUUAUCACAGCAGAGCUUUGAGAACAAAUAUCUCAAUUGAGGGUGGUUCUUUUUUUAACA